GCCAUGCCUAUCAUCAAUGCUGGUCCUCAGCACCAAUAGCGUGAGGGUCUCGUGCUCAAGGACCCUGGACCUGCUGGGUUUGCUUUCAUUUUUUGUCCUGCUUUGUCAAAUGGAAAUUCUGAGCUACUUUUUUUUCCAAUAAAAUAAAGCUCAAGUGAUGAGAAAUUUCAGGAUUUGCUUUAAUUAUCUUAAAUGGCCUUCUUUAAUAUACCUGGGAAACCGGAAUUUAUCGGGUCAUUUAUGCCACUAGGAAUUAAGAAAUCUGCUUCUGGGUUUAUGCUUCUUGAAAAGUUUCUAAUUUUCUUGUUAGAAUAUACAUUUCUUAGCCUUGAAGCGUUAUGUGGUUCAGUGAUGAACUGAGGAACCUGAUAUGCUAGUACUGAUCACAUAUUGACCAUAGUAAUAAUUAAUUGGUCUUUGGAACAGUAUGGGACCAUGUACUCAGUUAUCUAAACUACUGUUUGAAUUUGUAUGCAAUUGAAGGAAAGAAACUUAGAACCAUACAGAGAAAACAUCAAUUCAUCCUAGGUUAAGGAGCUUGACUUCUGCUUCUUAAGUCCCAUGCUUUAAGUAGAAAUAUUAGACAUGCCGGCCUCAUCAAAAAUAAUCUUGCACCCCAGAAAAUAGAGGCCUUAAUAAUAUUAAUAUUGUGUAUUCAAACCGACUGAUUAAACUGUUCUAGAUGCAACCACAUUCAAAAGUUAAGUGUAGUCUUUACAUUGCUGAAGAUAAUAUGUGCAUGGUGUCUGACUAAAAAUCAAUUUUUUUAACAUGCUAGAUAUAGGAUGUAAGUUGAUCUCUUAACAUUUGCCUGAAUAUUAGUUGGAGGUUGCCUAAGCUAUUCAAAUAAGGCCAAUAAAUCAAAGGACAAUUUGUGUAGUUAUAGAGCUUAAAAGACAUCAUCAUGUGUUUCGUGCUUCUUUACAUAUUAAAGAAAAUCCUAAUAUGUUUUCUUAUGGGUCUGAGCUUUUUAAUAGAAAAUAUUGGUUGAGAAUGAACUGCUAACUGUUAAUUACUUUAAAAUGAAAAGUCAAUCCAAUCAAUCAAAGAAAAUUCAUGUAUUUCUUUUUAUGUUUGUGUGUGUGUGUGUAUUUAUAUAUAUAAGCAUUGAAAAUUUUGAAAUAAUGUGUUGUAGACUUCUUGCAACUUCCUGCACCUAUACUCUCAGGAAAAAUUAAAAGAAAAUUUCAUGGCAAACUGUGUGGAUUUCUUGGCAGUGGUAUGACCUAAUUGUUGUUUGUUUUUAAGGUAGAUGCAAAGAUCUUCCAAGUACCAUUGGCUUGAAAUUUGUUAAAGUAAUUUUGCAUAAUAUGUCCUAUGACUUUCCUGGA